AUGGCUCAGACAGCUCCGUCCUCGCACGAGGUCCCCAAGCUACCGCGUGGCCUAAAGAGCCCCGUUCACCCCGAAAAAGGGUGGAAUCGUCUGGGGAAAGGAACCUGGUUUAACGGGCGACCAGAGACGGAUGUCUACAAACUGCUGAUCGACGCUUACCGGCUUCGUAUGGACGACAGGUGGGACAUCGCCAAGGCCAAGGAGCCCGGCUCCCUCUACUCCGAGGAAGGCAAACCCAUAUUGCCGACGUGGUGGAACGCGGAGAAGCGCAAGGAGUGCGAGGCUCUUGGCGCCGACACGACGCAGUGGACCAGCUUGGCGAAGAAGGUCAAGAAAUGGGACAUUCACAUCCACUACGACGACAUGGCUUUGGCUAUGCAAUUGCGGUGCGUGGCUGAGAUGGUCUACAACCUUCUGCCAGACGGGAGACGGAUUGCCAAGAUUCCGGACGAUUUGUUUGAGGGGGAUUCGGACAAUGAGUUUGAUGAGUUUGAUUCUGACAGUGACGAGUGGUACACUGAUUCCGAUUGA